AGGACAGGAAUACGGCAUCUACCCUGUGUGAGAUCUUUGAUGUGUGUUAAAGAUUGGACUUUCACUGAAAAACAUUUACCACACUCAAGACAGGAAUAUGGCUUCUUCCCCUGUGUGAGAUCUCUGAUGUGUGUAAAGACUGGACUUCACUGAAAAACAAUUCCCGCACUCAGGACAAGAAUGUGGCUUUUUCUUCAGUGUGAGAUCUGUCUGAUGUGUGUAAAGACUGGACUUUAUCUAAAAACAAUUCCCACACUCAGGACAGGAAUACGGCUUCUCACCCCUGUGAGAUCUCUGAUGUGUGUAAAGACUGGAUUCACUGAAAAACAUUUACCCACACUCAGG